AUGUGCACAGAUUCCUUAGGUAACUAUAUCUCAUUACUAUAUCUUUCAAAAUUAGAAGAUAUAGAAACCGCGAGGAACUAUAGUUGGGGGAGUGCUGUGCUGGCAUUUUUAUAUCGCGAAUUGUGCAAUGCCAGCACAAAAGGCAAAGCGGCAAUUGGUGGAGCGCUGCAAUUGCUACAGAUUUGGGCGUGGUCACGGAUUACGCCACUUUGUCCUGGACUUGGUGCCCAACGGCUAUUUAUGGGUCAAGUGCAAAUGGACAACAAUCGCUGGCUCCCAGCAGCACCAUAUGGUGCUACUUGGAAUUGUCAGCACACUUUCACCACUACAGUUCGGGGAACUGUACGAGUAAUACGAGAAAUUUUGGAUGAGAUGCAGGCGGAUCAGUUCAUAUGGCAGCCGUAUGACAUGGACUCGGAUGUCAUUAUGGCUUACGCCGAUGAAUUGAACCCCCAGUUGUGGAGGUCAUCCGUUCUGUUGAUAUUCUACGCAAUAGUUGAAAUACAUCGUCCCGAACGAGUUGUUCGCCAAUUCAGGAUGAGGCAGAAUGUACCAGAAUCGACGGAUACCCGUGAGUUGUUCGCCAAUUCAGGAUGA